AAUAGACAGUUUAGCAGCGCAUGCGUUAAAUCUAACGCAUGCGUAUUAGUUUCCCAAUAAUGGUAAUAUUUGGGGCAAGGUUCCAAUAUCAGCAAUGGGUUGACGCAGCCGAACCAUGAGGGGUGGAAGUUCUGAGCGUUUGGUGGUGCGAUCUUCGCGACGACGGGGUGACACCCGCGCCAGGCUCACCAGAUAUAUCACUGUGUUGCUUGCAGCGCUUCUGGGAGGUGGAGGUUCCGCGCUACUCUUCCUGGUGCCACUGUAUGCUGAUCCAGCGCUUAGCGCUUUAGCCGCUGACUUCGAUCCUAUUCCAGCGGAGUGCGUGACUGAAAGACGCGACGACAGACUCGGUUUGGACAACUGCACUUGGGCAUCUUGUAGAGAAGGCUGCACCAGCGAUGCGUACAAAUGUAUCCAACUCCACGUGAAGUAUAAAGCUCAGGCGGAAGAUUGGCGUCCCGCUGUGUUAUAUGUGAACAUAAAGGGAUGUGGGUAUCCUCCUAUUGUGAACUGCGAAAACUUCACCCUCAGUUAUGGAUACGUAGGAGCCAGGUAUCCUUGUUACUGGUCUCGCGCAGAUACAACAGUGGUGGUGCCGAGGUGGUCUCGUAGCGAACAAGUGGCAACAGUGACAAGGACCUUGGCCAUCCCGUUGUUCCUGUCAGGAUGUGCGGGUAUAGGACUGUGCGCUUUGCACUGCGAGUGUAGACCUAGACGACGCCGACGUCCACCGCGCAGGCCACCGCGUGUACCAACCCUAACACUGGAUGACACGGCAGUAUACCGGCUAGCAUAACCUGGCAUUUGAAUCAUUUAUGAGAUACAUUUUUUUCGAUGAAAAACUUUGAUAGAAUCAUUGAUGAUCAGCUCAUUCAAAGUGAAACUAGGAAUUGAUCUUGAGGAUUACUUAACAUCCCAAUAAGCAACCUUGGUGUUGGCAUGUCAGAAGCCUUUUAAUGCUAGCUUGAUUUCUUCACAUGCAUAUACUGAUACCGUUUCCAUGCCUGGUGAUGCUAUAGCAUAUUAAAGGUUAUUGACUUUGAAUCUUCCAUUAGGUAGAGCAUCUUACUUUUAGCCAGUCAUAGUAAACUAUUAUACCCUGACAGACCCUGACACAUAAUGGUACCGCGAUUUUUCAGCUCGCAUAACUUACUUACAAGUAUUUCAAUGGUUUAUGAUUUCACAAUUUAUUAUAUCGUAUACUUGUUUGACGUCCUACUUUGAAGUUUUUAACGAUGAGUUCAUUUUAAAUUAAAAUUGAGCACUUUGUAUGCUAGGCCCGACAGGAAUGAUAUAUAUUUUUUACCUACUUUGAAGUUUUUUUUAACUAUAGGUGUAAUAGAUCAGCACACUCGAAGAGAAACUGAGAAUCGAUCACGAGCCAGGCCACUAAGCGUACCGAGGUCAGGCCAGCAUUUCAAGGUCAGCAUCAUACUUUGCAUAUGCUAAACGCGUUCCAGUCUUUAAUAUUUCGGUAACGAUAACCAUUGAAAUUGACUGAAAAUCUUCCAUUAAGUUUUAAUUUCAGUCAAUAAUAACGAUUUAAACCAGGAGGUUUUGUGAUAGCAAGACCACUGUAAAUGUGGGUAGACCUUUGCUUUAGGUAGUGGUUUAAAAUUACAUUACAUUAGAAGCGAUGCAACCUUACCCAUGUCUUUCAAACAUCAUACUAGACUAUCCUAGGGUUGCCAGUUUUUGGAAAAAAAUAUAUUAUAUGUAUAUCUUUAAAGGAACAUUAGUCGUGGUUUUUUAACAUGACCAAUAUUCUCUCUUUUCCUCCCAGUACUUGAUUUUUUCGUCGCUUUGCCAACACAUUGAUGGGUACCCAAUGACCAUAUGGUUAUGAAAAACAUGUGCCCAACGCAGUGACGUGCACUUCAUUGACUCAAAAAUGCACUGCCUACAAUAAGGACUCAUUACAAAAUUGGAUUUGAGAAUGAAUUUGCCAUUUUGUAUAAUUUGUACGUCUAAUACCAAUCCUAGUUGAAUAUUUGUUAGGUACCUACUUCGCAACUCGAUAAACUCGUUUUAGAAUAGCAUUUUUUUCAUUUGAACAUACGUAUAUUCUAUAGGUAUAUUUCGAUACUUGUAGUUACGUUAAGUUACGUUAUCCCUUGUUCACGCCAUCCGCGCGAAAAUUGCGCGGAAAAUUAGAAAAAGGGGUAGGGGUAGAAAGUUUACACCGAGUUUCACGCGGACGAAGUCGCGGGCGUCCGGUAGUUUGGAAUAAAAAAUACUGCAGACCCAGGAAUGUUCAAAUAGUCUUUAGAAAUGAAAAUAUCUUAGACGAAAAUGCGUGCUUAUGACUUUUUUUUAAUGGCAACCCUAGUAAACAUAUCCAAAAAAUGUAAAAAAAACACUUCAACCAUGCCAAUUAGACGAAUGCACUGAUUAAUUAUUAGCAUCAUUAAUUUUUAUAUAGUUUUCGUUAAAGGUAUAAUAUUAGAAUAGAUUAAUAAGCUCAGAGGAAUUGUGAUUUUUCCCAGAAAUUAUGUGCGAUAUUUCCCGCGCUUAUCGAAUUCAUAGCUUAUUAUUUUUGUCGUAGUAAGGUUUAGGUGUGUAUACGUAAUUUUAAGGGGAUUCAGCACAACAAAACCGCAUUUUUAAAAUUGCAUUUCACUUUUUGUUUCUGCUUUACUGACACGCAAACGUGCCUACGUUCACUUUACUACUUUAAUCAAAACCAAAACAAUAAAAUCAUUAAUGAAAAAGACACACUAAAGAUAUAUUCGUAGAUGCUCAUUAUUAAAAAGAAAAGAUAUCGUCUACUUGGCUUGGUCAUAGUGGACUUAGCGCUUGCGAUAGCCAGACAUGCCUCAUUUUUUAACUUCUGCUUCUGCAAUAAGGCUAAAGAUUUUAUAUUAUUAGACAAGUCACUAACGCGUCGAAACAGAGGCGAAUAAAAGUGGCUAAUUGUCUUGAAUUUAUUUUGUCGCAUUUUCAACAACGAAGAUUAUUUAAACAAAUGAUACCUACCUAAAUAUGUUAUACAAUGACGAGUUGUGUUUAGGAACUGUAAAAACUGUUUAUACUUACAUAAAUAUAUAAUGUAAGUAAACACAAAAUUGUUCAUGUGUGCGCUCAGUGGAGUAGCUAAAUUCAGAAUCACCUUUUUGCGGUGAUUAUGUGGGCACGUAACACGUCUAUAGUAUAAAAAUGGUAUAAAAUAUCAUUGAUUUAUCACUUCAAUAAGUAAAAAAUGAGGCAGUUAAGACUGGCUGUCGCACUCUAGUUUUACAACAUUCUGUGGCACCAAUUUACACAAAGUUCUAUUUUUAAAUACGAAAUUGUUAUGUACCAACUAGAAAAAGAGUACCUAGGACUUUUGCCGCCAAAACCUACUACCUAUAAUGUACCUAUUAAUUAAAAAAGUUUAUUGUGUGAUGAGAGUAUAAUAUUAUAUUAAAAAAUAAA